CCCCCCUUCCCCUAAAGUGAGUGAGUGAAACUGGCAGAUGGAGGAGGGACUGUAAUGGCGGCGGCCGGCAGCUCCCUGCUCUGACCCACGGCAGGCAUUCAGCAACAACCCCCUCCCCGCCCCUCUCCCAGCCGGCCUCCGCCCCGCCGCCAGCGCUGGGCCACCCUCUCCGGCCCUUCCCCCAGCGGUCGGCGUCUCGCCCUGCGCCCCGGCCGGGGCCCCACACACAAUGGACGAGCUCGCCGGAGGCGGUGGUGGCGGCCCCGGGAUGGCGGCCCCUCCACGGCAGCAGCAGGGACCUGGGGGGAACAUGAGCCUUUCGCCCGGGGGGAAUGGAGCGGCGGGCGGCGGGGGUCCUCCGGCCGCCGAGGGAGCGGGUCCCGCGGCAGGCCCAGAGCUGUCCCGGCCGCAGCAGUACACUAUCCCAGGGAUCCUGCACUACAUCCAGCACGAGUGGGCUCGGUUCGAGAUGGAGCGGGCGCACUGGGAGGUGGAGCGGGCCGAACUGCAGGCCCGGAUAGCAUUUUUGCAAGGAGAAAGAAAAGGUCAAGAAAACUUGAAGAAGGAUUUAGUAAGAAGAAUAAAGAUGUUAGAAUAUGCAUUGAAACAAGAAAGGGCAAAAUAUCACAAAUUAAAAUACGGCACAGAACUGAACCAAGGUGAUUUGAAAAUGCCAACCUUUGAAUCAGAAGAAACCAAAGACACGGAGGCUCCCACAGCACCUCAGAAUAGCCAGUUAACGUGGAAGCAGGGCAGACAGCUGUUAAGACAAUAUCUUCAGGAAGUAGGUUACACAGAUACAAUAUUAGAUGUACGGUCUCAGCGGGUAAGAUCAUUACUUGGGCUAUCUAAUUCAGAACCAAAUGGAUCAGUAGAGACAAAGAAUUUAGAACAGAUCCUGAAUGGAGGUGAAUCUCCUAAGCAAAAAGGACAAGAAAUCAAAAGGCCUUCUGGUGAUGUUCUUGAGACAUUCAAUUUCUUAGAAAAUGCUGAUGACAGCGAUGAAGAAGAGGAAAAUGACAUGAUUGAAGGCAUCCCAGAAGGAAAAGACAAACAUCGGAUAAAUAAACACAAAAUAGGUAAUGAAGGUUUAGCUGCUGACCUAACCGAUGAUCCUGAUACUGAGGAAGCACUGAAAGAAUUUGAUUUUUUAGUGACUGCUGAAGACGGUGAAGGAGCUGGAGAAGCACGGAGUUCAGGGGAUGGCACAGAAUGGGAUAAAGAUGACCUCUCCCCAACUACUGAGGUUUGGGAUGUAGACCAGGGACUAAUAAGUAAACUGAAGGAACAGUACAAGAAGGAACGAAAGGGGAAGAAAGGGGUAAAGAGGGUCAACAGGACAAAACUCUACGACCUGAUAGCUGAUCUGGGAGAUGAUGAGCUGCCCCUCAUCCCUUCAGGAAUCAUAAAUCAGUCUAGGUCAGCCUCUACUAGAACUGAUCAUGAAGGUGCAAGAGCAGAGGAAGCUGAACCAAUAACGUUUCCAUCUGGAGGAGGCAAGUCAUUUAUUAUGGGUUCUGAUGAUGUUUUGUUAAGUGUACUGGGCCUUGGAGACCUUGCAGACUUGACGGUAACAAAUGAUGCAGACUAUAGUUAUGAUUUGCCUGCCAAUAAAGAUGCCUUUCGAAAGACAUGGAAUCCCAAGUAUACACUACGUAGCCAUUUUGAUGGAGUACGGGCAUUAGCUUUUCAUCCUGUAGAACCUGUGCUGGUUACUGCCUCUGAGGACCAUACUCUGAAACUUUGGAACUUGCAAAAAACAGUUCCUGCCAAAAAGAGUGCCUCUUUAGAUGUAGAGCCUAUCUACACAUUUAGGGCCCACAUUGGUCCUGUUCUAUCAUUAGCUAUUAGUUCUAAUGGAGAACAGUGUUUUAGUGGUGGUAUUGAUGCAACUAUCCAGUGGUGGAAUAUGCCUAGUCCUAAUGUGGAUCCAUAUGAUACAUAUGAGCCAAAUGUUCUAGCUGGCACUUUAAUUGCUCAUACAGAUGCUGUCUGGGGUCUUGCUUAUAGUGGCAUAAAAAAUCAAUUACUGUCAUGUUCAGCAGAUGGCACUGUUAGAUUAUGGAAUCCACAAGAAAAAUUGCCAUGUAUUUGCACUUACAAUGCAGACAAGGAGCAUGGAAUACCUACAUCGGUUGACUUUAUAGGCUGUGAUCCAGCUCAUAUGGUGACCUCUUUCAACACUGGUAGUACAGUAAUUUAUGAUUUAGAAACAUCACAGUCAUUAGUGAUGCUUUCAUCACAGAUAGAUUCUGGUAAGUUUUCUGGUAAGGUUGGAACCUUAAAAAGGAUUAUUUCAGUCAAGGGCUAUAGCCCCAUGGCAAAUAACAAAAGUAGGUCUAUUUCAAGUCUCAGUGUGGAAUGUCAUCAGGGAACAAGGAGCAUGGCAAAUGACUACUUAAUCUUCUCUGUUAUGUUUUAUUUAGGUAAAAUGAUCCAUUCUAUGGUAGCUCAUUUGGAUGCUGUUACAAGUCUAGCAGUAGAUCCUAAUGGAAUCUACUUGAUGUCUGGAAGCCAUGACUGUUCUAUUAGAUUGUGGAAUUUGGACAGCAAGACAUGUGUGCAAGAAAUAACAGCACAUAGGAAAAAAUUAGAUGAAUCAAUUUAUGAUGUUGCUUUCCAUCCAUCAAAAGCAUAUAUUGCUAGUGCGGGGGCUGAUGCCCUUGCCAAAGUAUUUGUGUGAAUCAACAAAAACUCUCAUCAUAACAACAGAUUCGCUUGGACACAGAGGGUCUGCAUCACUGCCAUCAAAAAUGUUACUGAUAUGACACUACAUGUGAUCUGCCUGAUGAAGGCUAUUUGGGGCAGGCAUAAAUUGGUGGAAAUCACAUCUUAACAUCAGGCUCAUUAAUUUAAUUGUAAUUACUGUAUUUCGUGGGACAAAAAAGGACUCCAUUGUUUGUGGCCUGUACUGGAUAUGAACUGAGCGUAUGUCUGUCUUUUAGGUAUCUUUAAGCCAGUGUGGAGUCUGAUCUUACAAAAAGACUUUUAUUUUGGACUCUGUGUGCUGCCUUAGGGUUAGGAAUGUGGUGCUCUUGUUGGGGGGAAGUGAGCUCCAAGAGUAGCUUUUUUUCAUCUCUUAGUGAUCUUCUGUUUAUCAGUUGAAUGCCACAGAUUCCCUUUUAAACUUAUUUUGCUUUAAAAAAAAUAAAAAAGAAAAUUUAACUUAAAAUAUUUUAGCAUUAGUUGCACAAAAUGUUUGGAUAAAAUUCUAGUUUUUAUAAGUCUUUUUAUAUAUUUAGCCUGUCACAACAGUGCUCAAGAUUGUAUUGAAGUUUUUCUGCAUUAUACAACCCUGAAACACAGAGAUCUCACUGACCCGCUGCCGUGUAAGCACACUCUUUCCUUCUUUUGCGUAAUACAGCUCAGCUAAGUCUUUCCAUAAAGAUGCUAAAUCACCUUCAACAUCACAUAACUGUCUUCUUAAACCAAGGACUAUUAAGUGUAUUAAAAUGAAACGGUGGGGUUUAGUACUCCAGAUGAACUCUUAAAAAAGAAAAAAAAAAACUAAUCUUGGCAUCCUAUCACUAUGUGAUAUUUUGUACAUCUUACUGUAUUUACAAGUUUAUUUAUCAAGGAUUAUCCAUCUUGCUAAUAGCCUAUUAUUUAUUUCACUUUUUGUUGGUCUUUAUAUCCUUUUAUUAAUGUGCUAAAGGAACCUGUAUAUCUAUUUUAGAACUCUUUGAAUAGUCUAAAAUAGACUAAAAAUGGAGUAUUUUAUAGUUUAAGUUACAAACCAAGGUGACUCCCCCCAGAUACAUAUCUUGGUUUACCAUGAUUCCAGAGAAAACUAUCUUGUUUUAAAAUAUUCGGAGUAAAGUUUUAUUUGCAUUACAAAUAGGAUACAAAAAUAGUUGAAUCAGGAUACAGAAAUCUGCUGUGUUUGGACUAGUUAUCCCUGUUUUAUUUUUUCAGAUGUGCUUAAUUUUAUGGUGUAACUAAAGAUUUUGUUUGUGUAAUGCAUGAUUAAGACAAUAAAGUAUUUUUUCUAGUCUUCCAAAAAACUUUUCUGAUCAGUUUGCGAGUUUUGAUGAGUUUUGUAAGGUUUUUGUUUUACAAACUAUGAAUCAGCAAAUUUUUAAGAUUGUACCACAUAGCGAACGUACAGCUGUUGAAAAACAAUGUAUAUAAAAUGCAUAUAAUAAAUAUUAAAUUGUGUACCUGUA